AUGGAUUCAAGCACCCCAGCCUGGGAGGCUGACAGAGCACAGCAUGCAGGCAACCACUCUGAAGCUUCGUUUUGUGACAUCAUAUCCCGAACCACUAUGCUGCUUUCCUUUAUUAUUGCCCUGGUUGGGCUGGCAGGAAACGCUACAGUGCUGUGGCUUCUGGGCUUCCGUAUGCGUAGGGAUGCCUUCUCUGUCUACAUCCUCAAUCUGUCUGGGGCGAAUUUUCUCUUCCUCUGCUCUCACAUCCUGUUUUUCCUAAAGGCAGUCCUUUUCUUCUUCCACUCUAUCUCCUUCCACAUCCCACUUUUUUUUUUCACUGUGCCCACCCUUGCUUACCUUGCAGGUGUGAGCAUGCUCACAGCCAUUAGCGCUGAGCACUGGAUGUCUGCCAUUUGGCCCCUUUGGUAUCAGUGUAGACGUCCAAAACACACAUCAGCUGUCAUUUGUACUCUGCUAUGGGCUUUGUCCCUGCUGUUGAGCUUCCUGGAAGGGCAGAGUUGUAGAUCUCUGUUUAAUAGUUUUGACUUUGAUCAGUGUCGGAAAGUUGAAUUUGUCAUUUUUGCAUGGUUGCUUGUUUUAUUUUUGGUUCUCUUUCGGUCUAAUCAAGCCUUGCUGGUCAGGAUCUUCUGUGGUUCGCAGCAGAUUCCUGUGACCAAGCUGUAUGUGACCAUUGUGGUCACAGUGGUGGUUUUCCUGCUCUGUGGCUUUCAAUUUGGGAUUAGUGUUUUCCUCUUACAAUGGAUUAGGGAUUUUUACGAUAUUAUCCCUUGUUAUUAUUUUCCCGUGAUAACGCUCCUGUCCUGUAUUAACAGCUGUGCCAACCCCAUCAUUUGCUUAUUUAUUGGAUCCAUUAGUCACUGCCGAUUCAAAUGUGGGACUCUCAAGAUGAUACUGCAUAGAGCCGUGUUCAACACUCCAGAGGAGGAAGAAGGUGGAGAGAGGGGUUCAUCAGGAGAGGACAGAGAACUGAACACACUCUAG